CUCUAACAAGAGGGAUCGGCUAUAGAGAGAGAUAGAGAGAGUAAGGAGAGAGAGAGAGAGACAGACAGAAACAGAGAGGGGGAGGAGGAGGAGGAGGGGGAGGGAUCGAGCUCUCAAUCAAAGAUAGACGUACAAAUUCAUGGAUAUAUAAACAGAGGUUUGGAUUAGGGUUGUGGAAGUAAAACAAAAUUGGGUGUAAAUUAGGGUUUCGAGAAAUUAAUAGUCUAGUAUUUUCUAUAUUUAAUUAGUCUUUAUAUUUGCUCUCCUAUUUUUGGAUUGUGAGGAAAAUUGGUGUGCCCUUAUGUGAGUGAAGCUGCUGUGGGUGUGGGGAGUUCGGUUUUCAAUGGGCAGCACUGGCGAACCAGACCGUAAACGGCGUCACUUCGGUUCCAUAUCACCCACGGGUGCCAUGGCUAAGAAGCAGCCAUCCUCGCUCUUCUCCGAGGACAAGAAGCUUGAUGCUACUGUUCUCCAAUUUCAAAAUCAAAAGCUUGUACAGAAGAUAGAAGCUCGAAAGAUCGAGUAUUCUUCACUAGAGAAUAGGUUCUCUCAACUAAAGGAGAAACAACAGCCUUACGAUUCCACAUUGAAAUCUGUCCAUAAGUCUUGGGAACUGCUAGUUACUGACUUGGAAGCAUGUUCCACCUGCAUAAGAGAGUCUAGCAUUGGGCAACAAUCUGGGCGUUUAUCAAUUACUGAGGAUGGGGUGUCAUCUUCUUUUGAGGAAGCUUUCCUUAGCCGACUUGUAGAAACGGGUGCAACUGAAACUUCCUCUGCAAAUGAUUGCCUCAAUUCGAUGAAAGAAGAUGAAGAAAAUGCUUCUGAAAAAAUUAAGAACAUUUUAUUUAAUAUAGUGGCUGCAAUCAAUGGCAUUUGGCAGCAAAAGGAUGGAUUACAUGCGAAUAAGAUUUCUGAGCAUGGUGCAGGCAGGCAUAAGGAAUCUUGUGAGUUGGUGGCAGAGGUUAAAAACUUGAGAUUGGCACUAAGUGAACUUCAUCUCAAGCACAAAUCAGUGGCAAGGGAAUUGCAGAGUUGUAGAGACAUUGAUGCAAAAAGUAAAGCUGAACUUAAGCAGUUAAAAGGGGAACUGGACAGUGCUGUUUCAGAAUUAGAAGAGAGUAAUUUGAAACUGGCAACACUUAAAGCUGAAGAAGAUGCAACAAAAGGGACGUUUUUCCCUGUACUAAACCUUGGAAGUAAGCCUGUUCCUGGUGACAAGGCAAGAGAUAAACAAAAGAAUAUGAAAGAAAUGGAGUCUGCUCUCAAAGAGCUUCUAGAUGAAGCUUCUUCCCGGCUGCUGAAAUUGAAAUGUCUUCAUGAUGACAGGAUAAAAAUAUUGCAACAGCUAUCCAAUUUGCAGGACUCAUUGAAGAAUGUGAAGUGUAUUUCUUCUUCACAAGGAUACAUUUUGGUGAGGGAUCAAUUGGAAAAGUCAAAAUCAGAAGUUCUCCAGUAUCAGGCCUUAUAUGAGAAACUACAGGUUGAGAGGGAUAACCUUUUCUGGAGGGAGGAGGAAUUGAACAUGAAAAAUGAUUUAGUUGAUGUUUUUCAAAGAUCUUCUGCAGUUGUUGAUUCUAGAAUUGCUUAUUUAGAGACAGAGAUACAAAGACAGAUCAAGGAGAGAAUUAUGAUUGAGACUAAGCUGGAAGAGGCAUCAGGAGAACUUGGAAGAAAAGAAAUCAUUGCUGAAUUCAAAGCCUUGGUUUCCUCAUUUCCUGAGGAAAUGGGAAAUAUGCAACGUCAAUUGAGUAAUUACAAAGAGGCUGCUUCCAAUAUUCAUUCUUUACGGGCUGAUGUGCAGUCUCUUUCUACUGUUCUUGAUAGGAAGCAGGUAAAGGAGUGUGAACAUUUGUCUUACAGAUCCAAAAAUAAAGUUGCUGAGAUACAAAAGUUGCAAUCUGUGGUUCAAGAUCUGAAGCAAAGUGAUCUGGAGUUGAAACUGAUAUUGGAAAUGUAUAGAUGUGAAUCUGGUGAUUCUAGGGAUGUUGUGGAAGCCAGAGAACUUGAAUACAGGGCUUGGGCUCAAGUUCAAAGUUUGAAGUCCUCUCUUGAUGAGCAAAAUUUAGAAUUACGAGUGAAGACAGCUAACGAAGCUGAGGCCAUAUCUCAGCAGAGGCUUGCCACGGCAGAAGCUGAGAUUGCUGAUCUGAGACAGCAAUUGGAAGCUUCCAAAAGGGAUAUGUCUAGAAUUUCUGAUGUUCUGAAAUCCAAAAAUGAGGAAAAUGAGGCCUACUUAUCUGAAAUAGAGACAAUUGGACAAGCAUAUGAUGACAUGCAGACACAAAACCAGCAUCUGUUGCAACAAGUCACAGAGAGAGAUGACUAUAAUAUUAAGCUUGUUUUGGAGGGUGUGAGGGCAAGACAGCUGCGGGACUCUCUACUCAUGGACAAACGAACCAUGGAAAGGGAGAUUCAACAAGCUAACCUUUCUCUUGAUUUCUACAAUGUGAAAGCUGCAAGGAUUGAAGAUCAUUUAAAAGUUUGUUUUGACCAGGUUCAUAAACUUAAAGAAGAGAAGUUUCAAAACUCAAGUACAUUGGAAAAUACUCAAAAGCGAUUAUUGGAUGUGAGAAAAUCAUCUAAUCAAGCAAGAGACACACUGGAGGACUCACAAUCCAAGGUUGGAAGAAGUCGAGCGGCUCUUUUGGAAUUGCAGAUAGAACUAGAGAGAGAGAGGUUUGACAAGAGAAGAAUAGAAGAGGAUUUGGAAGUAUCAAGGAGAAAGGUUUCAUGUCUACAAGCGCAGAUUGAUAGUUCAUCAAUUCUAGAAAAGCUUCAGCAAGAACUUAAAGAAUACAGGGAAAUUGUGAAGUGCAGUAUCUGCCUUGAAAGACCAAAAGAGGUUGUCAUUACAAAAUGCUACCACUUGUUCUGCAAUACGUGUGUACAAAGAAUUGUGGGAAGUCGUCACCGAAAGUGUCCGGCAUGUGCCACAAGUUUUGGAUCUAAUGAUGUGAAGCCUGUUUAUAUCUGAGAUGGAUAAGUUGUCCUGGGCUCUGCUUGUUUAUGAGACUCGGUUCUCAAAUUUGACUCGCUCUUGCCUGUGUGCCUUGAGCAAAAAGGCUUGAGCUAUGGGUCCCGCAGGUUCAUGUCUAUUGUUAUGAUAGAGAAUUGUGGAGAGAGAAUGAUGACAGGAUCCAGUGCCCCCAUCUGUCUAAUUAUAAACACUUAGAAAUCAUCUUUAGAUUGGGUUUAGUUUAGGUUGUGAUUUUGCAUAGUUUAUUGAUUUCACUGUGUUGACAAUUCUUGUUUCUUCUUAUAACUGCUUAGAGCCACUGGAAUCUUUCAAUUUAUUAUUUGCAGAUAUUCAGAAUCGAUGAAAUGCUAUGGCCCAAGGCAUUGGAGAUUGUGCUAUC